AUGAACGCGCUCAAGGCUGGAGACCAUGUUUUUUUUCGCCAUCCAGAACACUCCUGGCUUUGUGGAGUAGUUGAAAGUAUCGUUAAAGGAGGAAUUGUUUGCGUCACAAAGGAUUCAUUGAGAAGAGAAGCCACUCAAAACGAAAUAAUCACAAUAAAAAAUCCUGAAGACGUAGAACCACUUUAUGGAGAAUCCCUCAAUGACACCCCAGACGACUUACUUGAUCUUACCGUUCUUCACGAAACAACUUUAUUGAGAUGCCUUUAUAUGCGUUACAUGAAUGACGUGGUCUAUACCAAUAUCGGUGCAAUAGUGGUGGCGCUAAAUCCAUUUACUUUUGCUAUCCCAUGGUAUAAGGACAGUGAAAUGCAAAAAUAUUUAAAUGCGGGUCGUAGUUUGAGUGUUUCUGGUAUGCCCUCAAAUUUAUUGCCACACACAUGGGCUCAAGCACAUGUCACUUACUAUGAGAUGGUGGACAGUCAGGAAAACCAAUGCAUUAUCGUUUCCGGUGAAUCUGGAGCUGGGAAAACAGAAGCAACAAAAAUAGUUCUAAAUUAUUUGGGCGUUGUUUCAUCACUGAAUGGAAGCAAAUUAGAACAAGAAGCUGCCCGGGGUGUUGGUGAAAAGUUGGUUGCAUGUUCGCCUAUUUUGGAGUGCUUUGGAAAUGCGAAAACUGUGAAGAACGACAAUAGCUCUCGGUUUGGCAAAUUCAUGAAAGUAAAAUUUAACGCCAAACACGUUGUUGUUGGCGCUGAAAACAUAAAGUAUCUUCUUGAAAAAAGUCGUGUUGUAUCUGCUGCUCAGGGCGAGCGCGUAUUCCACUCAUUUUAUCUAUUGGCCCGUGCUCAAGGGAGUAUGGCACGUGUCCUUGGUCUUGAGCAUGAGAAACAAUAUACGUCCCUUUCUUCAGGGGGGACAAUGAAUAAUAGUGAGUAUAACUCUGAAAAAGACUUUAAUGACGUUUGUCGGGCCAUGUCUAUUGUUGGGAUGACAGAUGUCGAGCUUAUCUCUGUCUGGCGUGUGACAGCAGCUGUAAUGACAUUACUUAAUGUUCGGUUUCUUCCAGAAGAAGAUGGCUGUUCUAUUGAUCCAAAAACCAUGAAAUAUACCAAAAAGGCUGUCCAAUUGCUUGAUGUAUGUGAAGAUGAUCUUGUACAUGAACUUCUGACUAGUACUCGUGCACUUCCCGACAAUGAGUUUGCUUUAAAGAAAAACGACGUUGUGGCAGCUGUCGACAUCCGUGAUGCCAUGUGUAAACAUUUGUAUGAUGGUGUUUUUGGCUGGAUUGUUGACCGCUGCAAUGACUUGUGUAAUGUGGAAAACGAUGGUAAUUGGAUUGGUUUGCUGGAUAUUUUUGGAUUUGAGAACUUUAAUAAGAACUCCUUUGAACAGCUUUGUAUCAAUAUGACGAAUGAGCAGCUUCAGUAUCAUUAUAACCUGCACAUAUUUAAGCGUGAUAUGGACGAAUGUAGAAUGGAGGGGGUGGAUGUGACAGAUAUUAAGUUUACUGAUAAUACAGGCUGUUUAAAACUGCUUACCGCACAGGGCGGCAUUUUUCCUCUUCUUGAUGAAUGUUGUUGGUUUGGAGGAGGAACGGACCUUGGAUUUUUAGAAAAAGUGGUGCAUACUCAUGAAUCCAACUCCUUUUUUAAGAAGGAACGUGUCUCUGGGGAAACUUUUUGUGUGCGUCACUAUGCAGCGGAUGUCACGUACAACGUAUUUGGUUGGGUUGAAAAAAAUAGAGAUACUCUUAAAGAUUCCAUUAAGUCCAUUGUACGAGCUAGCGGUGAUCGCGUAAUUGCAAGCUGCCUUCCAGCACCCAUCCCCUUAUCGGAGCGGAAAAAGGGAGGUAAAGCUUUUACUGUGGGUGGUUUUUUUUGUAAUCAGCUGAGAGUUCUUAUGGAUUUAAUUGGCGAGACGAAUCCACAUUGGAUUCGGUGUAUUAAGCCCCAUCCUGAUAAAAAACCCAGAAUGUUUUACGGUAGGGAAGUCAUGGGACAACUGGAGUCAAGUGGUGUUCUUGCCACAGUGAAGCUUCGAAAAGCCGGAUAUCCAGUACGUAUUCCACGAGCUUUGUUCUGCCGGAAUUAUCGAAUGUGUACAUCUGUGGUUACGAAAGACGAAAAGGAAUUUAUACAGCAUGUACUCCAAAUGGCUCAAAUACGCAUGCCUUCUCUGGCUCAAAUAGGCAAAACUAAGGUUUUUCUUAAGGCAGAGGGUUUUAAAUUGCUAGAAAGGUUGAGGGACCGGCAUUUGCUUUGUACAUCACUGAUUAUUCAGCGAAUUGCUCGGGGAUACUUAACGCGGCGCGGGGUAUAUGACAUCUUUUUACUGUUCCACAAGGUCGAAAUCGCGCGGAAAAACUUGGAUAAGGCGUCAAAAGAUAUGCAUUUGCAGGAAGCGGACCUUCGACAUUCAUACGAGCUCGAGGAAGACACGUCGUGGAAACUCAUAAAAGAAUUAGAAGCCGAAAGUCGAGUUUACCAAGAGACAAUUGAAACUGCAGAGCGAGAGCGUCGUCGGAAAGCAAUUGAAGAUGAGCGUCGACGAGUUGAAGAGGCGAGGCGUAUAGAAGAAUUGCGCCGUAGAGCCGCUAUUUGUAUUCAACGUCACGUCCGAGGUGAGCUUGUACGCAUUCGCUUGUAUCGACAACUAUUGGAGGAGCGGCGCGCUUCUUUGGAAUAUGAGCGUGAACUUGCCUGUGGGGCAGAGCGAAGAGAGGCGCGGGCUCUGGAUGCUCAACGGAUCACAGAUGAAAAGUCAUGGACGCAAUGGCUAAGCUCCAUGGAUUAUCUUAGGGGCAAGAAGAGGCAGGAGGAGCAACGGUUGUUGGAGAAGAAAUUACAGAAAACACGUAUUCAGAUUCGUGAAUUAGUGCGAAAAGAGGACCGCAUGCGGCUAAACAUUGAGGUGGAACAAACUGACGCGUUUUUUGAGUUAUUUUCUCAGCACCAGUAUAUUAGCUCACAUUACAUGAAAGUUGCGGCUGAACGACGGCGAAGAAUGGAGAAGUUGCAAUUAAAGACCCCGGUAGUAUUGCGGCCGCAGUCUGCCGGAAUGAAAGCCAGGGCUAAUAGAAGUGCAGCUGCGGACGCACGCAUUAAUAGGGCAAUCACCGAUUUUGCGCUUUCCCGAGCUCGAUCAUACGAGGAAAAACGGGAAAGUCAAAGCCCUGGUGUCGCACCAGAUCGUUUCUCAUCCAACGCAUCGAAGGAAAGUUCCAUUUUUAGUCACGUGCAAAGAAAUUGGCUUCGACAGCAGGAAUGGAUGAGGAUUGGGGAUGUGGGUCAAGCUUCGGAGAAUUAUUCGAGGUUAUCCGUAGCACAAAGUGCAGAAGACACUCAAUACAGUGGCCCUUAUCGAACGAUAGAGGCGUCGUUGCAUUCCUUUUCGCCUUCAAACAACGGGAAUUCACAUUCUACACUGCCUUCAAUGAGUGGGUUUGACAGAAGGAGUAAAAUGGAUCCCUCGCGAAGUUCAUAUGAAACUGAGGUGAGGAUGAAUAAGAAAAAGAUUCCCGUAGAUUGGGAUAGCGUCUUUGGAUCAGAGCAAUAA